CCUAUUUAAAUAGAAUUAGGAGUCUGUGCUUGUAAAGUUGUUGAAAAUUGUUUUUUGUUUUACAAUGCACAGUAAUCCAGUAAGUAUGCAGUAUUAAAGUUCUUUUUAAAAGAAGCUAAAUGUCUUUAUUCAAUGAAAGCUGCUGCUUCCAGGCAGAUAAAACAUUCUUGGGUUACAAAUGAGAGCCUGUCAUUGGCUGAUGGAAUUAUUUUUAAUCAGUGUUAGUAGUUAUGCACCUUUAUGUUUCGUAUCAAUAACUAAUUUUCCAAAAUACUUAUCAAGAACAGGGAUGAAAUUCUGACUAUCAAAGUUGGUAAGAUUUCUGCCAUUGAUUUCAGUGACACCACCACCAUUUCAUUUUGACAGUCUUCAGAAAGGUGGUUAGUCAUGUUAGUCUGAAGUCAAGCAGAAGGCAGGGCAGGGUGGAACCUUGGAGAGUAAUAUAGCCUAGUUCAUCAGAUGCUGACACUUAUGAAAUCUUAUGCUUCUCUGAACCACGUAAUCUCUAAUGUGUCAAUCUGCCAUGCCACCUUCAGGGUUUUGGGAUUGCUUUUAAACUGAUCUGAAAUGGUAGGCAUGGUGUGAGGCAGGUAGGCUAGAGCAGAUUAAAUGUAGUAGAGGUGAAAAUGAUACAGGUUUUAAUAGGAAAAAUGAAGAUAAAGUGGUAGAGUGCCUGCAUGCAGAAGAGGAAUGAAAAAAGGAGGAGUCAAAAUAGUAUUAAAAUUGUAGGGUUGGGUGGGGAAAAUGCAGGGAACUGAUAGAGAAGUUAAUAAGGGGAUUGAUGUUUGAAGCGUAAAUAAGAUGUCAAGGUGUUUGAGAUGUGGAUGCAUGAUGAAAAAUCUGAUAGGUCAGUUUGGUCAUGAGUAUAAAAAUAAUCACUGAAACUAUGUGGAGGGAAUGAGAUGAUAUAUUGAAGAAGUCCAGCCUGGAGCCUUGUUAAGGGUCUGUUAAAAGUAAGAGUUCCCCAAAGAAAUAUUGAAAAAGAAGACACUGCAGUAAGAACUUAAGGCCUCUUCUGCACUUACCAUUUUUUUGUGAAAAUCUCCCAACCCCAAAAUAGCAUUAAUGGGAGUAAUAGCAUAGGUCAUACAUUAUAUUUUGCAUGUAGUAUCUUUGGUUAAGCAGAGUUAGUUGGCCUAGUGUUUAAAAUGUUCAUGGUUGGUCUACACUAACUAACUGUUACUAACACAAAAAUCUAAAUUGUAGGCAGAGUCUGGAGAUUUCAUAGCCCUUGCAUGUGCAAGUCGGAACAAUUGACUUUAAUGGCAGAGAAGUCAGAAGAAAUAAUUACAGAGCAGAACUGACUAGAGGGAAGGCCAGUGUAAUUCAUAAAAGGUUAUGGAGGUUAGAAGAGACUGGAAAAGAAGAAAUCCUUGUCUGGAGAAGUUGGGAUGGAAAACCCAUGUAUAAGACAAACAAACAUGAAAAUGCUGUCUAGGCUCUUUCGAAUGCACGGACUUUUUGUUGCCUCUCAUCCAUGGGAAGUCAUUGUUGGGACUGUGACGUUAACCAUUUGUAUGAUGUCUAUGAAGAUGUUUACAGGCAACGAUAAGAUCUGUGGCUGGAAUUAUGAGUGCCCAAAGUUUGAAGAAGAUGUUUUGAGCAGUGAUAUCAUAAUCCUGACAAUCACACGCUGUAUAGCAAUCCUUUACAUUUACUUCCAGUUUCAGAAUCUAAGGCAACUUGGAUCAAAAUAUAUUUUAGGUAUUGCUGGCCUCUUCACAAUCUUCUCAAGUUUUGUUUUUAGUACAGUGGUAAUUCACUUCCUGGACAAAGAACUGACAGGCUUGAAUGAGGCAUUGCCAUUUUUCCUGCUUCUUAUUGAUCUUUCCAGAGCCAGUGCAUUAGCCAAAUUUGCACUCAGUUCCAACUCACAGGAUGAAGUAAGAGAAAAUAUUUCACGUGGAAUGGCAAUCUUGGGUCCUACAUUUACACUAGAUGCCCUUGUUGAGUGUCUUGUGAUUGGUGUUGGUACCAUGUCCGGAGUACGACAACUUGAAAUCAUGUGCUGCUUUGGCUGCAUGUCAGUUCUUGCCAACUACUUCGUUUUCAUGACCUUCUUUCCAGCUUGUGUGUCCUUGGUCUUAGAGCUUUCUCGGGAAAGUCGGGAGGGGCGUCCCAUAUGGCAGCUUAGUCACUUUGCCCGUGUUUUGGAAGAAGAAGAAAAUAAGCCAAACCCUGUAACACAGAGGGUUAAAAUGAUUAUGUCUUUAGGUUUGGUUCUUGUUCAUGCCCACAGCCGCUGGAUAGCAGAACCAUCUGCUCAGAACAGUACUGCAGAAAACACAGUGGGACUGGAUGAAAAUACACCAAAGAGAAUUGAACCUAAUGUUUCUUUAUGGCAGUUCUAUCUUUCCAGAAUGGCAAGUAUGGAUAUUGAGCAAGUAAUCACUCUUGGUUUAGCCCUUCUGCUUGCUGUGAAAUACAUCUUCUUUGAACAAACAGAAACUGAGUCUACGCUCUCUUUGAAAAACCCUAUAACAUCUCCAUUGAUGAUCCAGAAAAAGAUUCCUGAGAACUGCUGCAGAAGACAAUCUGGACUCUUACAAAAUAAUCAGAAAUCCAGCAUGGGUGAAGAAGCUAUAAUUUCCAAAGAGGGAAAUGCUGAAGUCAUAAAACCUGUAUUAGCAGAGUCAUCAGUCAAAGCUACAUUUGUUGUUGGUAGUUGUGCCCCCAUGGAAACUUCUUCAUUUAAUAGAAAAGAGCCUGAAGUUGAAUUACCCAAAGACCCACGUUCUAUUGAAGAAUGUCUCUGUAUACUUCAAAAUACAGAGAAAGGUGCAAAAUUUCUCACUGAUGCUGAGGUCAUCAACCUUGUCAAUGCUAAGCACAUUCCUGCCUACAAAUUGGAAAUGAUGAUGGAGACUCAAGAACGUGGUGUAUCCAUCCGCAGACAGAUUUUAUCUCAGAAGCUCCCUGAACCUACAUCCUUAGAGUAUCUUCCUUACAGGAAUUACAAUUAUUCUUUGGUAAUGGGAGCUUGCUGUGAAAAUGUGAUUGGAUACAUGCCCAUCCCUGUAGGUGUAGUCGGGCCUCUUUUUCUGGAUAGCAAAGAGUUUCAAGUUCCAAUGGCAACAACAGAAGGGUGUCUAGUCGCAAGUACGAACAGAGGGUGCAGAGCAAUAUGUCUUAGUGGAGGAGCAAGCAGUUGUAUUUUAGGAGAUGGAAUGACUAGAGGACCUGUUGUAAGACUACCCACUGCCUGUCUUGCUGCACAGGUGAAGGCUUGGCUUGAAAACUCUGAAGGGUUUAAAGUAAUCAAAGAGUCCUUUGACAGCACAAGCAGGUUUGCCCGCCUACAGAAGCUUCACAUCAGUUUGGCUGGUCGUAACCUUUAUAUCCGUUUUCAGUCCAAAACAGGGGAUGCAAUGGGAAUGAACAUGCUCUCAAAAGGCACAGAAAAGGCACUGGUAAGACUACAUGAAGAGUUUCCUGAUCUCCAAGUUUUGGCUGUUAGUGGUAACUAUUGUACAGAUAAAAAGCCUGCUGCCAUAAACUGGAUAGAGGGAAGAGGGAAAUCUGUUGUCUGUGAAGCAGUUAUUCCUGCCAAGGUUGUCAGAGAAGUAUUGAAGACUACUACAGAAGCUAUGGUUGAAGUUAAUAUUAACAAGAACUUGGUGGGCUCUGCAAUGGCGGGCAGCAUAGGUGGAUACAAUGCUCAUGCAGCAAACAUUGUUACAGCCAUCUACAUAGCUUGUGGGCAGGAUGCAGCACAGAACGUGGGCAGCUCAAACUGCAUCACUCUGAUGGAGCUAACUGGUCCCACUAAUGAAGAUCUGUAUAUCAGCUGCACAAUGCCUUCUAUAGAAAUUGGAACUAUUGGUGGAGGGACCAACUUACUACCACAGCAAGCCUGCUUGCAGAUGCUAGGGGUUCAGGGGGCAAGCCAAGAUAACCCUGGUGAAAAUGCACGUCAACUUGCUAAAAUUGUGUGCGCCACAGUAAUGGCAGGGGAGUUAUCAUUAAUAGCAGCAUUGGCAGCUGGGCAUCUAGUCAAAAGCCACAUGAUCCAUAAUAGGUCAAAAAUAAAUCUACAGGAUCUUCAAGGAACCUGCACCAAGAAAGCUGCUUGAAUAUUGGAAAAGCUGAAGUUAAGCCUUGUUAAAGAAACUGAUCACAUGUAAAGGAACACUACACAGUAUCUAAAUUUUAGAAGGAAAAUCAUCUUCAAGAAAAUGAUUUCUGUGGAGGAUAAUUAAAAGGCUCAUUAGACUUGUGAUCAAUGAAACUCAUUCUGCCUUUGAACAUCUUCAGUGGUUAAAAAUGGCUCCUUUUAUGGAGCUAUUUCAGAUGUCUUGAACAUGUCUUUUAGAGUUCUAGGGAUUCAUCUUAUCUUAUUCAUUGCUUUCCAAAGGGUCAGUCCUGUGUCUUUAUGGGUUGAAAAUAUGUUAACUUGUAAACUAAUAACCAAGAUGAAAAGUUAUGUUAGGUACGUUGUUUUAAAAAAAUGAUUUGGUUAAAAUUGGAUUGUAUGUAUUUGUCCAUGUGAUCUUCGUUUUCUGGUUAACAAAGUGGUUUUUAAAUAUAAAGUGAUAGCAGCCUACUUGCUAUUGAUGAAUUCCUAAUUUUAAUUUUAUUUGUUCUGAUUUUGAGCUUAGGUAUUAGGCUAUGGGAUAAUUUUACUGUCACAUUAGUUGGUAGAUACAUUACUGUACUUGUAUUUCCCUUGCUGCUGUUCAACUUAAGCAGCAUUAAAAUUAUAAUUGGGUUGCAUUAUUUUUCCGUUAAAGAAAGUACUUAUUUUACAAAGUACAGAAUCAUCUGACAUUAUUCUGUACUGGAACAUAAAAAAAGCAUUGUCCUUAACUCUCCAGGCAUUUUGUUCAGGUAUAAAUAGGAUAUCCUGAGUUUUUUCAAAACUUAACUGAUACGCCUAUAAAAAUGAUACAUCGGGCCAUUUAAAGCUUUGACUGUAUUAAUACAGUUUGUUACACAGUUUUAUAAAAUAGAAAUGGAUUUGAGUGAGUGGAGUCAAGAACAGAUGUUUACAGUUUUAAAAUCUUAUCUUUUAAAGUAUGGUGUUUUUGCACAUGAAUGGCUUGUGGUGUUUGACACUUAUUCCCUCGGAAUAGGUGCAUAGCUACUGCUUAACUUGAGAAAAAAUAAAGCCAGGAAAACCAUGCUGUUAUUUAAUAUUACAGAUGUUUUUAUGUUGGAUUCUUUUUAAGUGUUUUUGUGAAAAAAAUAUUUAUUUUCUAAAAAGUCUAAAUUGUCUGUCUUAUGAAAAAUGCUUAGUAUGGGAAUCCAUUAAAACGACUGAGAAAAGCUAAUACAUCAAACACAGUUGUACACAAAAGUACUGUAUUCGGACCAGUGAGGUAGCUUCAGGUGUUCCUUAAAGUAAUGCAGGAAACCCAGGUUUAUUUUGGGUUGAUUUGCCACUAGGAAAGCUAUGCUACAGAGUUAACCUGUUGGGGCAAGCAUACUAUUAAUGGGCUUGAACCUUUGUCCUUAGCUGGAAGGAUGGUUUUAGCAAGUUGGGUAACAUGCUUCUUACUGGCAUGCAGAAGUGUUCCAGGGGGGAUAAGGGAAUGUUAGUCUCUUAACAUGCACGUCUGGUAUAAAUCAUGAAGUAUUAGUUUGUAGUAAAUCAGAUAAUAUUAAUGCAUUGGUUUCAUAAAGCUAACGUGCAAGCACAAAGACAUACUACAUGCUAGGUAUGCUGUGGUAGCAUGUAAAUAUCAUGAAUGUUUAUCUUCCUGAAGUAUUGUUGUUUAAUAGUUACCAUUUAUUUAUGCAAAGUUGAAACUGCUUUGUUUCUGUGUUCAGCCAGUGAUUUAUUUAAAGUAACACUGAGCUGGCAAUAAGUGGUUGGUUCAGUGUUCAUUUUGGUGAAUAUAACUGACAUUCUGUCUUGCAGAAAUAACAUUUUGUACUAUUACUAAAUUGUGUACAUUUUGGUACAGAAUCCUUUUUCAGUUUCAGUAAAACAAUGGAAAAGCA